UCUCGUUCACUAAGAACGUUUCACAAGAGUCAUUGAAAGCUGUCAGUGUUUUGCAGGUGUUUUGGGGUGUGGGUGCAUCGUUGGAGUUGAUUAGUGUAUCUGCUCUGCAUUUGGCUAGUCGUGUGUUUGUGUCAUUCCUGCCGUUAUGUAACUUUUUUUGUGACAGUUGUGAGAAGUGCUCCCGAUUUUGAUUUUUACUGUAAAAUUAUUAUUGACGUUUUUGUAUUUGGAAACAACUCAUAAACAGCAAUCAUGGGUGAAAGAAAGGGAACAAAUCUUUACUAUCCCCCUGAUUAUGAUCCAAAGAAAGGGGGAUUAAAUAAAUUUUUAGGCACUCAUGCUUUGCGUGAAAGAGCUAGAAAAUUACAUCUUGGAAUCCUUAUUAUUCGAUUUGAAAUGCCAUAUAAUAUAUGGUGUGAUGGAUGUGGCAACCAUAUAGGAAUGGGUGUCCGGUACAAUGCUGAGAAGAAAAAAGUAGGAAUGUAUUAUUCCACUCCAGUGUAUCAGUUCCGUAUGAAGUGUCAUUUAUGUGAUAAUUACUUUGAGAUAAAGACUGAUCCGGCGAACCUUGAUUAUAUUAUUGUGUCUGGAGCUAGAAGACAAGAAAACCGUUGGGACCCUACUCAGAACGGGCAAGUUGUUCCUGAAGAUAAGAACACACAGAAGAGGUUGUUUGAUGAUUCCAUGUUCAAACUGGAACACGGAGUGAAAGAUGAGACAAAAGCAAAAACUGCAACUAGUGCAGCCCGUAGAUUGUUGGUUCAGAGAGAUCAGCUGUGGCAAGAUGACUUCAGUGCAAAUUCAGCCUUGAGAGCCAAAUUUAGGGCUACCAAAAAAGCUGCAGUAGCCCAGGAAGCCAAAGACAAGCACACGACCAGCAAGUUUGGCCUUGACAUUUCCCUUCUGCCAGAAAACGAUGUGGACAGGAAGAUGGCCUCUUUGCUGGCUCUGAAACCCAGCAAAAGUAUGGCAGAACGAAAUAUGCAGGCCCGUGAGGAUAUUCUGAAUACACCAGUUCUCCCCAACUCUUCAACAGUCUCUCCCAACGUUAUUACAAAACGAAGUCGAAUGCUUGAAAAUGAUGCAGUGUCAUUGUUGGGAAUAGUUCAUCGGAAAAGGCCUCGUUUACAGGCAGAAACACUUACUCAAGCAUCGUCAGAGGAGACAGCAUCAGAAGUUGCUGAUGAAAAUGAAAUCAAAGAUGCAACUCCCCAAUCUCCACAACCAUCUAAGAAUUCGAGUUUAUCUCUUGUGUCUGAUUGUUAUGAUUCAAACUCGGAUUAAAAUGUCCACUGAAAAAUUGCUUAAAGAUAAUUCAUAUAGCUAAUGAAUAAUACUCUCAGAGGAACUUCUGGAGAAAAAAAUAAUGUUAAGAAAAAUAUGAUUUUCUUAUUACAAAAAGUUUUUAAACCCAGCAGAAAGGUCUGAGGAAAUUUAAAUGGCUUUUUGUUGCAAGAGUUUGGUAGAAAUUAUUUCUGCACAACACAAGUCAGUUUAUUUAAUAGGGCCAAGAAAGACAUAUCAGCAAACCGAUUGUAGGUGAAUCUUAUACCGUGUUUCAAUAAUGACAACAUUCAAAAAAUUUACAGAAACUGUGGCCUCUCUGACACUUGAAACGAUCUUUCAAUAAUAUGAUAAAUUAAAAUAGGAAAAAAUCUGUUGCACAAUUAAGUUGUAAACUUAAUUUGUUAAUUUUGUUCAGUUUGAAAGUCCUUUGGUCAUCAUUAAACAUGGUCGACAGUCAAUAGAUUUAAUUAUAAGAAACAACACUAACAUGGCAUAGUUUACAGGUGAAAGAAAGGAAUCUUCACAAAAAAAUAGCAGAAUAAUCUGUGUUAAAUUAAAGAAACUUGAACAUUUUUAUCUGAUUUGGCUUGAUUACUCUAUGUGAGAAAGCCGAGCACUGAAGGAAGGAGUACCCUUUUAAAAGGGACAUUUGCAGUGUAGGGUACAGCAAUCUCUCAACCUCUCUACAAGUAUAUACAAAACCUAAUAAAGUGAAUACCUGGAGAAAAAAAAAACACUAUAAAAAGAAACAAAAGAAUUAUUUAAAAUUUUAACGUGGAAAUAAGGCUAGCAAAUCUGCAUUACCAGUGUUAACAUAUUUUUUUGGAACAUGAAAUCUUUAUCAAGGAAAAUAGAUUUUAGGAAAGGAGGAUUGUCUUUGGAUUUUUGUUGCAACUGUAGAUACGAAAGGUGAAUUGUUUCUCUAAAGUGCUUUUAAAAAAUGGUUUGAGGGAGAUCCAUUUGUAUAUUGUGGCAAUAUAUCAUUGAAUGCAAUUAUGUUUAUGUGAAGGUCUUGAAUUGCUUGAGACUUGAAUGGAUCUGAAGUACAGCACUAUGAAAUUAAGUAUCUGUGAUUGCUAAAAUAUUCUGAUGUGUGGUAAUUUGAUGUGUGGUCAUUUAUGACAAAAGAAUUUGCACCUCGUCAGUGAGGUUGUACUACAAUGACAGUGUAUCUUGCAGCAUUAUUGUAUUUCCAAGAAUCGAAGUGGAAUCUUAAAGGUAAGUUAAUCAAGAUACAUUCAUAUAUUAUGAUUAACUUACCUUUAUGAUCUCAUCACUUCAGUGAUCAGAAGUAUCUUCUGUGUUUCUGAGUGCCACACAUAAAUCUCCAGUGGGAAUUUACGAUUUUUUGCAAUCAGUAAAUAAACAGCCAAACAAACUCGUGUUAAUGGGUAAAAAUGACAGGAGGGAAGUUUCUAUUAAAUGUUCUCUGUCUCUGACUUUGCAAUAGCUGCAAAAAAGUGCUUAUAAUUUGUGAUACAUAACACUAAUGUCAUUUGAAUUUGCUUGCCUGAAAUGUCCCAGAACCUCUUUGCCAGCAGCAAUCCAGACAUUGCCCUCUUCUAAAUUGCAAAUUCAGGGCAGCAUAGAUUGUUGAAAAGUCACUUCACUUUAUCAGAAGCCACAGUGCUAGCACCUCCAUUGCUGUGGUACACAAGUCCACAAUGCUCUCAAGCACUUCCAAUAAUAUCUAGGUGCAGCCUACCUAAUUGCCAACCUUCUCUCACUCCCCAUAACAGACAGAUCAUACACCUACAUCAUGCAUUUAAUAAAAAGUUGUUUCCUGACAUUUUCAGCUAUUGAGGGUUUAUUGAGUCUCAUAUUUAUUGGUUUUAAAAAAUCAUAAAUGUUUUCAUUAUAGAUUUUUGCUUAGGAACCCCAAACAGAAGAUACUUCUCAUCAUUACAUUUAACUCAAUUGACUUAUUCUACUUCUUUUCUUGAAAAGAAGCUAACUGUCCUUGUGCAAAGGUUAUUGUAUAACAACUUGGAUGAUUUGCUUUAAAAUAUGUUGACAUCGCUAAUGCAAACUUGCUAGCCUUAUUCUUUUCCAAUUUAAAAUUAACUGCUUUUUCUUUUUGUUGUUGUUGUUGUUUUCGUUUAGGUCCUCACUUUAUCAGGUUUAUAAAUCACUAAAUCUGUCGGGGGUUCUAUCUUUAUAUCUUUUACAUUGUUACGGAAGAUUGAAUGCUAUUUACAGUGUCAGCUAGGUAUAGUGCUGUCAGAGAAUUGGAGAUGGCCUACACUUUGAUCAUUUCUACAAAGGAGGUGUUAACAACUCUAUACAUUCUUAAUGUGAAUGGAACAAUCAACCAUCUGCAAUCUAGGAUGAAUGAAGCAAAUGACCUCAAAGGCAGUAUGAACUUACAUUCUUUGCCAAGGUUCCUUUCUUUAGAUUGUAAGCUAUGUUAGGUCAUGCUAUUAAUAUUGUUUCUUAUGUUUAAAUCUGUUGACUGUCAAACAUGAUCGUUCGUAACUAUGUUGAAUGAACCUUCAGACUGAACCAAAAUUAAAACAUCAAAACUACAAUUUAAGGUACUACUACUCCCUUCAUUAUUAUUCCUAUUUUAAUUCAACCAAUGUUUGGUUUGUUAAUAUGCCUUACUUUUGCCCUGUUAAAUAAACUGCAAAUUCUGUUGCACACAAAUAAUUUCUACUGAAUUCCCAAUAUCUGAGCUGUUUUAUUUCCCCCAGCUUUUCUACGGGGUUUAAAAAAAAAUUUGUUAAGGAAGACCCUUUGAGAAUGUCAGAAUGAAAUGAGAUGUUGCUUUAGAGUGAUGUUGUAUCAAAUCAAUCAGAAGAAGAUUUUCAGUUAAAAAUGUUUAAACUUCUAUGAAAUGUAACCUAUUAUUUUUGACAAUUGUUACCCACUUAUAUUAUGUAAGAUUAGUUUCAUGAACAUAUCAGAUGUGAAGAUGAACUGUUGUUAGAAGUCUCUUUGGAAGGAAUAUAACUACAUAUUAUAGUACAAUAUUUUUUGUAAAUAUUAAUUUUAUAUUUAUUGCAAAAGUGUAUAUAUGUUAUACAUUGUGUUGUUAUUGUUUGUUUAAAUACAUUCAUUUGAAAAGAAAUGUUUGAGUAAUGUGAACCUUGGGAAUAAUUGGUAUUUGCCAAAUUCUGAAUGUAUUAGUACAUUGGUAUUUUAUGUAUUGUAUAUGACCUAAUUGUUGCUGCACUCUGUUAUUAUACCAGAGUUUCAAAGCAGAGAUGUCAAUAAUGCCCAGGCUUUUGAAAAAAAUUUCUGGAUCCAGCAAUCAGGAUUUUGUCAAAAUUAAAAUGAUUGCAAAGUUAUUGAUAUCUUGUGCAUUGGUUAUAUUGCUCAGUCAGAAAAUGACAAAAUUCAUUGUUUUAAGAAAAAACUUGAAAUGGGAAUACAGAAAAUAGAAGAACUACGGUCAUCAUCAGGCAAAAAUGAAACUACACUCUGGGAUUAUUAAGACAAUAACAAGUAAGGGAAGAAUGAAAUAGUAAUUUCUGAAGCGACAGUGAUUUUUUGUAUAAAUCUGAGUAAAAUGUAUGUCAGACAUUUUUAGUUUUUUCAUAAAUAUCAGUUAGUAGUCAGGGAUCCAGCUGUAGCUGAGCUGAUAUGAAAAUGUGUGUGCAGUAGUUGAGACUACAGUGAGGUUAUAGCAACAAUUGGAACAAGCUUUUAGAACAAACUCUUCUGGAAGGGCCUAAGUUGUGUCCAAGGUGAAAUUUUGUGCUUUUCAUACUCAAAUGAUAAUAUAAACAAUCAUAAUCCAUUACAAUGAAACUGUAUGUCGAAUUCCUUAUCUUUUUUAUCCUUAUAUCAACUAAGAGGGCCUUUUGAUAUUGUGGUGAAAUAUUUUUUUCAAAACUUUUGUUUUUGCUAUUUUCAGUUUUUCUAAUGAAUGUGAGCUCUCUGGUCAGAUGUAGGUAUCAUAAGGAACAUCUUUUAUCUGUAAAGUCACUUUUCUUUUCAUAUUGGUCUCACCGGCUUAGGUGGCUCAGAGCAUCAAUUGAAUCGUGUAUUUCAGAAAUCCAUCAAACGCCAAAAUCUAAUAGACGCAUUAGCGGCAGAUUAUUGUUCCAAGAGGAUAGACACACAGUUUAGUG